AUGGCCUUGAUGAUAUUUAUGCAAAAAUGGUGUUGGUUUCACUUUCCUAAGUACUACAGCUUUAUUUUGCAUUAUUUUUUUUUACUGGACUCGAGGCCUGCACCCAGAGCCAGCCCUCCUCCCUGCUGCGCUGCCGCGUGGUUUGCGCGUGUGGAGCAGAGCAGCUGCACAGAGAGGAGGGCGAGGGGCUGCAGCCACGCAGGUGAGGACACAGGAAGAGGACAGCGCUGCCUGAGCUCAGAGCUGGAUCCAACCUGCUCCCGGCCGACUGGGCCCAUGAGGAAUCAAAGCACUUUGGACAAAGGAACUGGGAAGCUUCGGCCACGGCCGCCCCUGGAAGGACUUGGGCAGCAGAAGCAGCGUGAGACAGAGCCCUGGAUGGAGUGGAAUGGGGCUGCAACCCUGGAGAAAAGCACGAGGGGUCUCUGGGCUGGCACUGCUCCCUGCCCACAGCUCACCCCGCUGCUGGGCACAGCCAGCUGGGAGGCGUGCGGCUGCAGCAGGAGCCCUGUGAGCUGCCGUUCAGGCCCUGGGCUCUGGGGUGGAGCCUUGAUUUCUGUUUCUGUAAACUUUGGUCACAUUUUGAUUUCUUUGAUUGUAAGAAAAAAAAAAAAGAAAAAAGAAAAAAACAACAAAAAAAAUGAACCAAAACCAAACAACCCUCUGCCGCCAAGUAGCCCCUCAGAGCUCUGUACCUGGCUGGUAAAGAUGAUGACUGAAGCUCGCUGCCUCCUGUGCUUCCUGGCUUCGAUCCUGGCUGCUGCCAACCAUGGCUUCACUUCAUCUCAGUGCUGCACAACUCUGGGGUGCACACAGACCCCAGAGGGGCUGACUCCUGGCCUGCUGGUCCCCACAGCGGGGCAGAGCUUGGGCUCCAUGUUUGGCUUCUCCUGGCAGCACUAAAACACAUGAGCAGGCAUAG